AUGUUGCCUCUUUAUUUUGUGGCCAUCCUACUAUGGUUGGGAUGUGCCGAAUCGAAAGCUGUUUUUGCCCAUUUCAUGGUUGGAAACACGGAACACUAUGGCGAUGCAGACUUCUCGAGAGAGAUCUCACUGGCCCAGCAAGCCCACAUCGACGCUUUUGCUCUGAACUUCGCGUACGGAGAAAAGACAAACGACCUGUCGCUCCCCGUCAUCUUCAACGUAGCCAACCGCCUCGGCUUCAAGCUCUUUUUUUCUUUCGACUAUGCCGGCAACGGCAGCUGGCCCCAAUCCGAUGUCAUCCAGCUCAUCGAGCGGUACGCGUCAGAGCCUUCCUACUUUAGACACGAGGGCACCAAGCCCCUUGUGUCGACAUUCGAAGGGCCCAAGGCGGCUGACGACUGGAACCUGAUCAAGGAGCGAACGGGCUGCUUCUUCAUGCCAUCGUGGUCCUCCCUGGGGGCUAAGAAAGCAUUGCGCCCCGGCGUUGCCGACGGUCUAUUCAGCUGGGCGGGGUGGCCGGAGGGUGCCAACUCCAUGGACACCGUUAUUGACCAGUCUUAUCGCGAGUUCCUCGACGGGAAGCCGUACAUGAUGCCUGUCAGCCCGUGGUUUUACACCAAUCUUCCCGGAUACAACAAGAACUGGCUUUGGCGCGGCGACAACCUUUGGUAUGAGCGAUGGGUCACAGUUUUCGACUUGCAACCCGAGUAUGUCCAGAUCAUCUCGUGGAACGACUUCGGCGAGUCGCAUUACAUUGGACCCUUGAACGACAAGGCCUAUGUUGCCUUUGAUGUGGGCAGGGCGCCGUUCAACUACGUCAAGAACAUGCCUCACGACGGAUGGCGGCUCUUCCUGCCAUAUCUCAUCGACAUGUAUAAGAGCGACAUUGCCACCAUCACCGAAGAGGGGGUCGUUGGCUGGUACAGACGGACGCCGGGAUCCGCCUGCGCAGCUGGCGGCACCGUGGGCAACACCGCGGCUCAGCUGCAGCUGGAGAUGCCCGCCUCGAUGUUGGCGCAGGACAUGGUCUUCGUGUCCGCGCUGCUAACCAAGAACGCGCUCUUGACCGUCACUAUCGGUGGCAAGCUAUCCACGGCGUCAUGGAGCGUCAUUCCACCCGACGGCAUCGGCCUAUACCAUGCCGCCGUCCCUUUCGAUGGGAGGACCGGAGACGUCAACAUCCGCCUUCUCAGGGACGGCAACGCUGCCUUGGAGUUCACUGGUGCAUCCAUCACCGGAAGCUGUCCCGAGGGCAUUCAGAACUGGAACGCCUGGGUGGGCAGCGCGUCCAAAUCCACAACGCCCACGGUGCCGACUAAGCGUGUCUCCGAGCUCCAAUGCCAGAAGGGGUGGUCCAAGGACGCACACAACCUCAUGUGCAGCUACACCUGCCGGCACGGAUACUGUCCUCCCGGCCCUUGCACAUGCAGCUGGCUCGGCACAGCGGCGAAGUUCGAAGACCCGCCCGUUGGUCUCAUUGGGUUCCCCGGGCCCGGCAUGCUCGAAUACGAGCUCUCGACGGUCAUAGUGAAGCCCGAAACGACCUUCCCCGUCACGAUCAAGCCAGAAAUUAGCAGCACCAAGACAUGGAAACCCGUCACUUACACCGAGAACGGCACGCCGCGGACAUUCAGACCGACAGAUCCGUACCCGCCACCCCCGGGCCCGACCCCGCCACCACCCCCCCCGUUCAAGCUUCCUGACCCGGUGGUGAUCGAGAGCGGUCCUCCCGGCCCUCUCGUCAGCCAAUGCGCCUUCCCGGCCCUCGGCUGCCCGCCGCCUUUGUUGGACGAGGACGAUUCUGACGGGGAUAGCGAGUAUGAUCCCCAAGACGGGGACGACGACGGAAGCGAGGAAGAGGGCAGCUGUGAGCUGCUGCCUGGCACCGGAAGCGGAGACGGCGGCGGCGGUGGGAACGGCGGCAGCGGCGGAGGCAGCGGCAUCACUCCCCUAGAGUCCCCGAGACCCUCUGAGAACAAGAAGCACUGCUAUGGAAGUGGCCAGGUCGUUGGGCGGGACGCGCUGGCUUCUGCUGCUGACUACUUCUGCACCAAGGUGACGGAGGAGUACAAGAACCCCCUCGGGGGCGGCUCCCUCAUUGAGUACGGAAUUCUCUUCAGGGCCAUCAUUAAUUUCAAAGUAGAUGUGUCGGUCGAAGUGAAGAACGGUUGCAGUUGGAGGCCGAAUAAGGAGGAGUGCAUCAGGUACACGAAUGUGCCUCUGGACAGCUGCGACUGCAGUGGCACGGCUUUCAAGUAUGGCGGAUGGGUGGAAAACAACUGCGUCAAGUUCAGGGUCGACCCUAAUUGGACUUAG